AUGCGUUUCAGCCACGACCCAGCAGCUUUCCAGCUUUGCGCAAGCAGCUCCAUGUUUGAAAGCGAAGAUUCCGGCUCGGCAGACGGGGAGCAGAUGGCCGAGAUGCGCUCCCCGAGUUCAGGGCCCUCCAGCCCGCUGUCCGUGAACUCGGACUCCAGCUGCACCAGUCCUGAGGCUAAGUCUGCCUCAACGCAGAAGAGGGUCAGAAGGCCCCUGAACGCCUUCAUCAUCUGGACCAAAGAGGAGCGCAGGCGGCUGGCACAGCUCAAUCCGGAUCUGGAGAACACGGACCUGAGCAAAAUACUUGGAAAGACCUGGAAGGCCAUGUCCUUGGCUGAGAAACGUCCCUACAUGCAGGAGGCUGAGCGUCUGAGGGUCCAGCACACCAUCGAUUAUCCCAACUACAAGUACAGACCCCGCAGGAGGAAGCAGCUGAAGAAGAGCUCCAAACCGCAGACCACAGAGGCUUCUCUCCCCUCGCUUUGCAGCUCAGGCCUCACUGUGCCCUACAACCUCACCUACCUGCUCCAGAACCAGCAGCAGACCUUCCCAAGCACGCCUGCUAACUUCACCCCUCUGCACAGCACCUACCAAAACACUCCUGUUUUUCCAGACACAGCAGCAGCAGCAGCAGAGGCCUUCUCAAAUAAGCCUGUGGUGUACUCAAAUUCGCCUGCGUACCCUGCAGAGCAUCAGUUGUAUUUUGGCAGCCAGCACGGGCACAUGCAGUACGGAUUCUCUGCAGGGCCCUAUGUGGAGCAGGGGGAGCCGAGGGUAUACAGGGACACACUGAGUCCUGCCGGGCCCUCCCUGGAGUUUUACUUGGAACAGGUUCAGCUGGACAUGCUGUACGAUCUGGACCGCAGCGAGUUCGAACAGUAUCUGGGUCCUCCUUCACACAGGCCUGAGUCAGUAGAUCCCAGCAGCUACUGUCAGCAGAGCAGCCACAGAGAGGGACGCUCACUGUCAUAA